CGAUCUGUGUCACAUACCAAGUAGUGAGCACACAGAUCUACCGAGGUCACAAGUUUGCGUUCAGCUACACAGGUCGAAGUCAUCGUUUGUUUAAUGUGAGCGGCUCCAGCGUGACUGCACCACCGUCUAUAGGAAUAUAGAUCUGCGACAUUGGAGUGACCAGGAUGGAGUGGCAGCCAGAUGAACAGGGUCUGCAGCAAGUGCUUCAGCUACUGAAGGACUCCCAGUCCCCAGACACAGCGACACAGAGAGCAGUGCAAGAAAAACUGGAGCAACUUAAUCAGUUUCCAGAUUUCAACAACUAUCUCAUCUUCGUCCUCACAAGCCUCAAAUCUGAGGACGAACCAACUCGCUCUUUGAGUGGUUUGAUACUGAAGAACAAUGUGAAGGCUCACUACCAGAACUUUCCUCCCAAUGUGGCUGACUUCAUCAAACGAGAAUGCCUCAACAACAUUGGAGACCCUUCACCGCUCAUCAGAGCUACGAUCGGUAUCCUGAUCACGACCAUAGCCUCUAAAGGAGAGCUGCAGACGUGGCCAGAGCUGUUGCCUCAGCUCUGUAAUCUGCUCAACUCUGAUGACUAUAACACCUGCGAGGGUUCUUUUGGAGCUCUGCAGAAAAUCUGUGAGGACUCUUCUGAGUUGUUGGAUAGCGAUGCUCUGAACAGACCUCUCAACAUUAUGAUCCCCAAAUUCCUCCAGUUUUUCAAGCAUUGCAGCGCCAAGAUCAGAUCCCAUGCUAUAGCGUGUGUGAACCAGUUCAUCAUUGGUCGAGCUCAGGCUCUGAUGGAUAACAUAGACACCUUCAUUGAGAGUCUGUUUGCCCUGGCCGGGGACGAGGACAGCGAAGUGCGGAAGAACGUGUGCAGGGCUCUCGUCAUGCUGCUGGAAGUCCGCAUCGACCGCCUCAUCCCACACAUGCACAGCAUCAUCCAGUACAUGCUGCAGCGCACCCAGGACCCAGAUGAGAACGUGGCUCUGGAGGCCUGUGAGUUCUGGCUGACUCUGGCUGAACAGCCCAUCUGCAAAGAGGCCCUCUCUGGCCACUUGGUCCAGCUGAUUCCUAUCCUGGUGAAUGGGAUGAAAUACUCUGAGAUUGACAUCAUCCUUCUAAAGGGCGACGUUGAAGAGGAUGAGGCAGUUCCAGACAGUGAGCAAGAUAUCAAACCUCGCUUCCACAAAUCCCGCACCGUCACACUGCAGCACGAAGGAGGGGAUGGCGAGGAGGGGGAGGACAUUGAUGAAGACGAUGAUGAUGAUGAUGAUACACUGUCUGACUGGAACCUACGGAAGUGCUCGGCGGCAGCUCUGGACGUCCUUGCCAACGUGUUUCGUGAGGAAUUGCUCCCCCAUCUUUUACCCCUGCUCAAAGGUCUGCUUUUCCAUCCUGACUGGGUCAUCAAGGAGUCUGGCAUCCUUGUCCUGGGGGCUAUUGCUGAGGGCUGCAUGCAAGGCAUGGUACCUUACUUGCCUGAGCUCAUCCCCCACCUCAUUCAGUGUCUGUGUGACAAGAAAGCUCUGGUCCGCUCCAUCGCUUGCUGGACUCUUAGCCGCUACGCCCACUGGGUGGUCGGCCAGCCCCCCGACGCCCAUCUCAAACCCCUCAUGACUGAGCUGCUCAAACGCAUCCUGGAUGGCAACAAGAGGGUGCAGGAGGCGGCAUGCAGUGCGUUUGCCACUCUAGAGGAGGAGGCGUGUACAGAGCUGGUGCCGUAUCUCAGCUUCAUCCUGGACACGCUGGUUUUUGCAUUCGGGAAGUAUCAGCACAAGAACCUGCUCAUUCUCUAUGAUGCCAUAGGAACAUUGGCAGACUCAGUGGGACACCAUCUGAACCAAACUGAGUACAUACAGAAGCUGAUGCCUCCACUGAUUGCCAAGUGGAACGAGCUGAAGGAUGAAGACAAAGAUCUCUUCCCAUUGCUGGAGUGUCUGUCGUCUGUUGCCACAGCAUUGCAGAGCGGCUUCCUCCCCUACUGCGAGCCUGUUUACCAGCGUUGCGUCACCCUUGUCCAGAAGACACUGGCUCAGGCCAUGAUGUACAGUCAGCAGCCAGACCAGUACGAGGCCCCCGAUAAGGACUUCAUGAUCGUGGCUCUGGAUCUUUUAAGUGGCUUGGCUGAGGGGCUUGGGGGCCAUGUGGACACACUUGUGGCUCGCAGUAACAUCAUGACUUUGCUUUUCCAGUGCAUGCAGGAUACGAUGCCCGAAGUAAGACAGAGUUCAUUUGCUCUACUGGGUGACUUGACCAAGGCAUGCUUCCCUCAUGUCAAACCAUGUAUUGCUGAAUUCAUGCCGAUCCUCGGGACAAAUCUUAAUCCAGAGUUCAUCUCUGUCUGCAACAAUGCAACCUGGGCCAUCGGAGAAAUCUGUAUGCAGAUGGGAGUGGAGAUGCAGCCGUACAUUUCCAUGGUCCUGAACCAGCUGGUAGAGAUUAUUAAUCGACCCAACACCCCCAAGACCCUGCUGGAGAACACUGCAAUCACCAUCGGUCGACUGGGAUAUGUUUGUCCUCAGGAGGUUGCUCCCGUGCUGCCGCAGUUCAUCCGACCUUGGUGCACAUCUCUGCGGAACAUCCGAGACAACGAGGAGAAAGACUCGGCCUUCCGUGGGAUUUGCAUGAUGAUUGGUGUGAACCCAGGAGGAGUGGUGCAGGACUUCAUCUUCUUCUGUGAUGCGGUGGCGUCCUGGGUGAAUCCUAAAGAGGAUCUGAGAGACAUGUUCUACAAGAUCCUGCAUGGUUUUAAGGAGCAGGUUGGGGAGGAGAACUGGCAGCAGUUCUCAGAGCAGUUCCCCCCACUGCUGAAGGAGAGACUGGCAGCCUGCUAUGGCGUUUAGAUUCUCUACACCCACCCAAGAGGUGAGCCAGCAGGAGGAGGGUGAAUGGGAAACUCAUCCAUCUGUGUAUUGCACUGCCCUGAUCUGGGGGGAGGGAGAGGGACGCUAUUGGCCGCUCCCCCUGACGGACGGCCCCCACGCCCUAUGUGU